AUGUUUGACUGUUUGCAGCAGCACAUCCCAUACGCGGGCCUCAGGGUGCCCUGUUCCCACCAGGAGCGGACCAGACCCUGGGGGUGGGGGCAUGGGCAUCCCAACGCGGCCCUGGGCAUUCGCCUCCAGCCGCUCCCCCCCCCGUGUCCGUGUCCCCCCGUUGUGCAGCACUGCCGUGCCCGGAGUAACUUCGCCUGUUCCACAUCGGAGGGCAAGUUCUUGCCUCCCCCCCACGAGCAGCACAGACAAUUGCAACCAUCCAGUAAACUUUUUAACGAGCAAGCCUUUAUUCUCGCUCAAUUAAUACACUUCGCUCGCCUUUUUUUUUUUUUUUUCCCCCAGAAAUGCAUUUAUUUGCUGCGCCCCGAAGUACCCGGGGACGCGGUGCCAGCCCGCCCGGCGCUGCCGUCAACGCCCGACCCUUUAAUAGCAAUUACGCAGCAAUUAUCCGAAGGCCAUGCUGAAAUCCGGGCUCGCCGCACCGCCCCGGGGGCCGGGGCCACACCGAGCCCCCCGCCCCCGCCAGCCUGGGCGAAGGGGUUUACAAAGAAAGAAGGGCGGGGGGGGGGGAAGAGAAAAACAGAAAAAAGAAAAAAAACCAAGCAACCCAACCCCCCCCCCCCGCUCCAAGCAAGCAACCGGAGGAGAAUCCCCCGCACCCGGCGGGCGAAGUCGCCGGUGCCGUUUUCGGGAGCCGCUGCAGAACGCCCCCCCCCCCCCCGCGUUCUCACCCCGGCUCCUAAGGGCUCUCGGGGUGAUGUCGAGCACCGCCGUUGCAGCGGCGAUCACCGAACAAACGGCGAGCCCUGCAGCCGCCUUGCAGCCGCUGGAGGCCACCGGAGCGGGCGAGCGGUGCCCGCCGCGGGCCCGGCCGGGCUCGGCGAGCCCCUGCCCCGGCGGGAGCGGACUCAGCCGGGCCACAAAACCCAUGGAAAUCCCGGCGCUGCCACAUCAGCCAGAUCCACAGCUGCAUGGAUGGACCACCUCUGCAAGGAGUUUCCUUCAGCAUCUCGGGGCUGGUGCACCCUGGGCACCCAUAGCCAGAGGACGGCAGUGAUGCUCAGGCUCCAGGAGCACAACUGACCCCCCAGCUCCUCCAGAAACCCCUCUGAGAGGCACCAACAUGCUGGCAGCCCCCCACAUCUUCCUUUUCGGAGAGAAUCGAGCAGAAACCAACUUUGCUCUGCUGGUCAAAUAUGCUCCAUCACAACUCUUGUGCCAUAGCUACUUCAAAUAGGAAAUACUUUUAAAGAAAACCAGCUGUAGAUACAAAAUAAACAAGCUACCAGACAGG